UUUUCAUCGCCGUCUUCCUCUCUCAAUUUCUUAAAUUUGCCAUGGAUCUCACCUUCGAAUCUCACAAAUUUUCAUAAUCGGUUGUUUGUAUCCACCUUGCCAUCGCUCCUCAUCGACCAUUCAUCCGCAAAUGGAGACCGAAACGACGGUGAUGUGACGACUCUGAAGCAGCUUGCCGCCUCCGUUUGCCGGAAUUUUAGCUUUCACGGCCACCUACGCCGCAGCAUAAUCUUCCGGGUCCAUGGCCAGGGUGUACUCGGUCAGGCAUUUGUUGUUAGCCUGCAUCAGUGUCGAAAAAUUGAUUGGGUAUCGCGUGGUUUCUUGGCUCAGACGAUGUUCCUGAGAGGCGGUGGCAUCGCCGUUGGCAAAGAGCUUGUCCGCGAAAUCGAUUAUACCAUCGUGCCCUCCAUAGUAGUCGACGAAGCAGCCGUAGGUCGGGCCGAAGUGGAGGCAGCCGCUGCCGAUGCGAGAGGUACUAGCUGGUUUUGUCACCAGAUGUCAAGCUUUUUCCUGUUGUGAAGGCAUGAGUCCUAUCUGUGAUUUUCAUAAGUAUACUUGUUUGGGCUUAAACUGGAUAUCUAAACAAUAAACUGUAUGUGUGACCUGUUGGUAUGUGUAUCAUGUGUCUAGUUAGUUUAAUGCUUUAUCAUGAACUGGC